GUGUUUCUGGAAUUGGCCAACUAUGGGGAGAUUGAGGACUUGGUGGUGGUAGAUAAUCUAUGCGACCACAUGAUCGGCAACGUCUAUGUGAAGUACUACCACGAAGAGGAUGCCGAAAGAGCGUUGAUGAAGCUGACGGGUCGUUUCUACAGCGGCAAGCUCAUCCAGGCCGAGUACACGACGGUCUCCGAUUUCCGCGAGGCGCGCUGCCGAGCGUUCCACGAGACGCGCUGCAACCGUGGAGCUUAUUGCAACUUCAUGCACAUCAAGCACAUUCCGCGAGCAAUCAAGCGGCGCGUGGUGCGAGAGAUGUACGACGACCAUCCCGAGUACCUGGGCCAGACGGCCAAGAAGUCGAAAAAG